AUGGCUUUCAAUUUUAACUGGUCGCCUCUCACGGCCGAUGCGGAAUUUUAUCAAAGAGCUCAAGAGAUGCUCACGGCAGCUCUCAAUAAAUCUCCCAAGCCUCCCAUCAUAAAAGAUGAUAUCCUCGUCAACGAAUUAAAUUUGGGUUCGGUCCCGCCAGAUUUGGAAAUAUUGGAGAUUGGGGAUUUGGCAGAAGAUAGAUUUAGGGGAAUCUUCAAGAUGUGCUAUUCUGGAGACGCUUUCUUGACUUUGAAAACAAGAGUUCAGGCUAAUCCGCUCAACAAUCAUUUGUUCUCGAAACCUUCAUUCACAUCUCCACAACCCCUCGCCGCAGAUGCGGGGCUCACCAUCCCUUUACAAAUUACUUUGUCGGAUAUCAAAUUAUCGGCUUUCAUCAUUGUGGUAUUUUCAAAGUCAAAGGGAUUAACCUUGGUCUUUCGAAAUGAUCCCCUCGAAUCCCUCAAGGUCUCCUCUACCUUUGACUCGAUACCGUUCAUUAAGGAUUAUUUACAGAAGGAAAUCGAGCAACAGUUGAGGACUUUGAUGAUGGAUGAACUGCCUGCCAUUAUUCACAGAUUGUCAUUGAGAUUAUGGUGUCCAGAAUAUAGAGCAAAAGAAGAUCAAGAGAUGGCCGAAGCGGCAAAGAAAGCGAAAGACGAGGUAGCCGUAGAUCCAUUUGCAAGUCCACCACAAGAUGCCGUCGAUGCCCGUGGAAAUGUUCUAGAUGCGACUGAGAUUUCCAAUUUAUCAUUGGAUGGUGGAUCAGAGAUUCAUUCCUUGUUCUCACAAAAGAACUUACUUCGAUUAGCGGCACUUACCAAUUCUCAUCGAACAUUGUCACUCUUCACUCCUUCUAUCCGAGACGCGGUAUUUCGAGCAUGGGCACCUUCUGAAAGAGGGGAUUCGGCUGGAACUACCACACCGGCAACUCCAUCUCUUCAUAGGCCUCAAUCAUCGCUCGGAGGUCAGAGUACAACUUAUACAUUCUCGAAUAGAAACUCCGAUGAUGGUCACGGUGGAAUACCAUCUAGACCAUCUCUGGUCAAUAUGAAUUCGGCCACAACAGGAUUAAGUCUGGGUGCAAAUCGAGGUUCACGAUCACAUCCUACGAGGAAGAAGAAGAAUAGAGUGGUGAACUUGAGGAAACCCAAAACUACGGAUAGUGAGAGUGGCGAAAGCGAGUCUGCUUCGACGACUACAGCAUCCGAAUCAACAGUCUCAUCUCGUAUUCCAGAGGAGCCAGAAGAUCUUCCAGUUACUCCGCCAUCUGGAAAGGUCCGAUUCAACAGCAUUGAUCUUGGAGACUCACCAAAGAAACUUCAACCAUCUCGUUCUAUGACACCCGAACAAGUCAAAAUGGAUCAAGUUCCAACACUCACUGUGGAACCUUCUACUCCAAUCAAUACGCAACAACAGAAGCGUCCCGCUUAUAAUCAGUCAGCGUUCACUUCGUACACUCCAGAAAAGUCCGCAACCACUCCACCACAUACACCAUUCUCAUAUCCACAUGGACUUCACUUCUCGACAACCGAAUCACCAUCCGGAAUUCUCGAACAAGCUUGGAUUAUGAAGAUGGCUUCUGAACUUGCUCGUCGUCAACAUGACGACAAAGCAGCUCGUCAAGGUUUCUGGUCUACAUCAAGCAAUGGAGAUGAUGCUCCCCCAGCCUAUGAACCAAAAGCCUUGUAA